AUGGUCACUAAUUCGGAAUUAGAAACUUUUCCGAAUGUUGGAGAAGGAAAAGAUGACGAGAAAGUAUCCCGUGUUUUUACAAAAGAGAAAGAAGUAGACGAAAAAGAUUUAGAAAAAGACCCUGCAAUUGAAGUAUCUUCACCACUCACUGCGGAAGCAACAGUGAAGCAAAAUGACGCCCCACUGAAAGAAACAGAUGAACAAACAAUUGCUGAAAAGAAGCAAGUAUCUAAAUAUGAAGAAGAAUUGCAGUUGCGAGAUUUAGAAAAAGACCCUGCAAAAGUAUCUUCACCACUCACUGCGGAAGUGACGGGGAAGCAAAAUGACGCCCCACUGAAAGAAACAGAUAAACUAAUUUCGCAACAUGACGAAUUGCAAGAAAAAAUAAAUUCAACGCCCGAAGAAACAACUCCAAAAAAACUAAAUGAAAUACCAAGAUGGAUGCAAGAAGAAAAAAGAAAAUACCUGAAAGCAAGCCUUGAAGAACGUAAAAGAAGAAGAGACAAAUGUACAGACUGCUUUGAAAUUGAAACUUGGCCUCAAUAUUACAACAAAUAUCUCAACAAUGGAAAAGAAGAAGUUCAUGCUGAAUUUCCUGAAAUCAGUGAGAAAGUGUCUAUUUGGAAAGGAGACAUAACAUCUUUGCUGGUAGAUGCCAUUGUGAAUGCUGCCAAUGAGACAUUAUUAGGUGGAGGGGGAGUUGAUGGUGCCAUCCAUUCUGCUGCAGGUUCUCUUCUCAAAGAGGAAUGCUCUAUAUUUGGUGUUCGUUCUGCUGGAGAGUCUGUCAUUACAGGUGCCUACAAUUUACCUGCAAAAUAUGUGAUCCACACUGUCGGACCCCGGGGAGAGUAUCCAGACAAACUGAAGGAUUGUUAUAUGAGUUCACUUCAACUUUUAAUUGAUAAAAAACAAAAGACAAUUGCUUUUCCUUGCAUAUCAACUGGAAUCUUUGGUUAUCCUAAUGAUAAGGCUGCUGAUGUUGUCUUGAAGACUGUACGAAAUUGGUUAGACGAUAAUCAUGAAAAAGUUGAUCGAGUGAUAUUUUGUCUGUUUUUGGAUAAAGAUGUUAAGUUUUAUACAAAAAAACUAUUGAAAUAUUUUCCCAUGAAGAAUGUUCAUACUGAGUCUCCAGAGGAAGGUGCCACUGAAAAUAGAGACGAAAGUGAAUAUCUACGGUUUUUUGGUUCAUUGCUCACUCCUGCAGUUUCCAGCUCUCUCCUGCACCUUCCAGCACUCCUGCACCUUCCAGCUCUCCUGCAGCUUCCAGCACUCCUACAGCUUCCAGCAGUCUCCAGCUCACCCCUGCGGCGCUCUACUGACGUCCCGCGACCUAUUCCAGCUCCCGCUGACGACCUUAUCCAGUGCCCACUGACGUCUAGCGCCCGUUAUCGUCCGGACACCUUUCAAACGACCUCUGUCUUCUUACCGUGCACCUUUGGAAUUGAAACCAGAGUGGCUCCAAGUUCUGCCUCAAGUAAACCUGUGGUCCGAACUGCUGCUGAACAGGAAUUGACAGAAAAAAUAAAUUUAACGCCCGAAGAAACAAAAGAUGACGAGAAAGUAUCCCCUGUUUUUAAAGAAGAGGAGAAAGUAUCCAUUAUAGAUGAAGAAAAAGAUUUAGGAAAAGAAUCUGAAAUUGAAAUAUCUUCACCACCCACUGCGGAAGCAACAGUGAAACAAAAUGACGCCCCACUGAAAGAAACAGAUAAACAAACAAUUGCUGAAGAGAAGCAAGUAUCUACAGAUGAAGAAGAAUUGCAGUUGCGAGAUUUAGAAAAAGACCCUGCAAAAGUAUCUUCACCACUCACUGCGGAAGUGACAGGGAAGCAAAAUGACGCCCCACUGAAAGAAAUAGAUAAACAAAUAUUGCAAGAAAAAAUAAAUUCAACGCCCGAAGAAACAACUCCAAAAAAACUAAAACCAAUAUGGGCGCAAGAAAAAGGAAAAUACCUGAAUGCAAGUAUUGAUGAACGUAAAAGAAGGAGAGACAAAUGUACAAACUGCUUUGAAAUUGAAACUUGGCCUGAAUAUUACAACGAAUAUCUCAACAAUGUUGAUGGUGCCAUCCAUUCUGCUGCAGGCCCUCUUCUCAAAGAGGAAUGCUCUAUAUUUGGUGGUCGUUCUGCUGGAGAGUCUGUCAUUACAGGUGCCUACAAUUUACCUGCAAAAUAUGUGAUCCACACUGUCGGACCCCGGGGAGAGUAUCCAGACAAACUGAAGGAUUGUUAUAUGAGUUCACUUCAACUUUUAAUUGAUGAAAAUCAAAGGACAAUUGCUUUUCCUUGCAUAUCAACUGGAAUCUUUGGUUAUCCUAAUGAUAAGGCUGCUGAUGUUGUCUUGAAGACUGUACGAAAGUGGUUAGACAAUAAUCAUGAAAAAGUUGAUCGAGUGAUAUUUUGUCUGUUUUUGGAUAAAGAUGUUAAGUUUUAUAAGGAAAAACUAUUGAAAUAUUUUCCCAUGAAGAAUGUUCAUACUGAGUCUCCAGAGGAAGGUGCCACUGAAAAUAGAGACGAAAGUGAACAAGAAAUUAUCAAUGAUAAACCAAGUUCUGAUCCAAUAGAGAAGGAUUGCAAUCAUGAUCUUGAACAGGGAGAAGAGACUACAUCUCUGAUCUCCAGAGGUGAAAAGGCAUCACAGAGUUCCUGGAGUUGUUUUUUCUGUUGCUUCAAGUCUAAGACCGCCUAA